AUGUUAAUGGAGAUGCUAAUAGUCACGAAGAAGUUAAAAGACGGCUCAUCGCAGCGAACAGGUGUUACUAUGACAAAACCAGACGGCAAAGAGUUAGAAGUGUUUGAGAAGAUAUUUGGCCCGAAGAGAAACAAUUAUGAUUAUGAAAUACGAAGCAAUAAAGACUUGGAAGAACUAUGUAACGAACCCGGCAAUGUUGGGAACCUUGAAAAGCGCGCGGUUAGACUGGGCCGGACAUGUAUGGAAAUCAAAAGGACUAUCGGGACAGAUAACUGCACGGAAACGAAACGCAGAGACCCAGAGGACGGCCCAGACAAAGACGGGCAGACACAAUAAAAGAAGACCCGGAGAUAUUGGGAGUAAAGAAUGCACAAGAAACGGCGAAAGACAGAGAAGAUCGGAGACGAUAUGUUGUUGCGGCAAUGGGCCUGAAAGAACCCGUAAAAAGCCAAAGAAGACGAAGGAGAAUAACGCGCGAUAUUACCGCAAACAGCGUAUAG